AGUUUCUAUAGCAUUUGCCGCAGUGGGCGUGGCCAGUGGCGCCGCCGGUUGUAGGGACUGGCAUGGCCGCGCUGGUAUCGGGCGGCUGCGGCAGGCCUCCAGAGAUUUGCGCUCCUGUGCGGGUCGCUGUGGGCAGCUUGCCCGCGUCGCUGGCGGCUGCGCGCGACAGGGCCGUCCACUGCCCGCGCGCUGCCCGCGGCGUCGCGGAGACGCUGGGGCUGGUUGCUGCGGCGGCCGCGGCGAGCGCCCUGGUGCCGCCCCGGCCUUGCCGGCCGCGGCGCGCCGGCCGGCGCAGACGCGGCGGGCAACGGCAGCCUGUCCUUCGCUGCACCGCGCGGCAGUGCGUCCCGGGCGCCGCGGCUCUGGCCGCGCGGAGCCAGGAGCUCGUCUUCUUCGGUGGCAAGGGCGGCGUUGGGAAGACGUCUUCGUCCGCGGCCUACGCCGCCGCCCUUGCGCAGCAGGGCCGCAGGGUGCUCAUCAUCUCCACCGACCCGGCGCAUUCGCUGGGCGACGCGCUGUGCGAAGGCCUGUCGGGCAAGCCUCGCGAGGUGGCCGAUAACCUAUUCGCGAUGGAGGUGGACCCCGCGGAGGCGCUGGAGGAGCUGCGAGGGGGUCUCAAGUCCAUCGAUGCCAAGGCCUUCCUUAACGAUCUGGGGUUGCCUGGAGGCACUACGGCUGCUCUGGGCUUGGAAGAGCUGUCCGAGGUGCUCGAGUCUCCGCCGCCCGGCGUCGACGAGAUCGCGGCCAUGGCGAAGGCCGCGGCGGACACGGAGGGGUACGACGUGGUCGUCUUCGACACCGCGCCGACGGGGCACACGCUGAGGAUGCUCGAGGUGCCGAAGUUCCUCGGCGACUUCCUGGACAGGGCCCUGAGCAUCCGCAAAAGCCUCGGCAACGUGCUGGGCCUCGUAGGGCUUGGCUUCGCUGCCGGCGGCGUCGACUCCAAGCUGGACGAGGCAGAAGAGAAGGUCCGGGAGAUCCGCGCGCGCGUGGCGUGGCUGGGCAAGGCUCUGCAGACGCGCCCCGGCGCGGGCGGCACCUCUGCCGAGUUCGUGAUCGUCACGAGGCCGACAGCGCUGGAUUACGCCGAGACCGAGCGGCUGAUUCCUGAGCUGAGGUCGCAGGGCGUGUGCUGCCGCCGCCUGGUAGUGAACCAGAUUGUGGAGGCUGGGAACGGGGAGGCGUACUGGCGUAGCCGGAUGGACGCCCAGAAGACAGUGCUAGAGGAACUGAGGCGUAUUUGUGCCAGCAGACACCUGCCGCUGCUGGAGGUGUCGGACCGCCCAGAGUCGCUGGUGGGGGUGCCGGCCCUGGGCUACCUGGCCUCGCUGGCGUACAGCGGCGAGGUUCCGCCGCCUAAGUCCGAGGUCGUGCUCUUCGGCGGCAAGGGCGGCGUGGGGAAGACGUCCAUGAGCUCCGCGCUGGCCGUGCGCGCCGCCAACGAGGGGCAGCGCGUGCUGAUACUGUCCACGGACCCGGCCCACUCGCUCGGAGACGCGCUGGGCACCCCGCUUUCGGAGGAGGCCAGGCAGGUGGACGGGUUCAUGGGCGCUGGCGAGCUCUGGGCCAUGGAGGUGGACACCGCCGCCGCAAUGGGCCGCUUCCAGGCGACGGUGCGGGACGCGCUGAAGAAGCGAAAGGACGAGGGCGGCAUCAUCGGUCAGGCGAUGGAGAUGUUGCCGAUGGAGGACUUUGUCAGCCUCUUCGACACCCUGCCGCCAGGCAGCGACGAGAUCGUCGCGCUUACCGAGGUCCUCGAGGAGGUCAAAAAGGAGAAGUUCGACCAGAUCAUCAUCGACACUGCCCCCACCGGCCACGCCGUUCGCCUGCUCAGCUUCCCCGACUUCCUGGAGCGCCUCGCGGACCGGGUGGCGCGCCUGCGCGACCGCUUCGGCUGGCUGACCGGCGGGGGCGGGCCCGAUCAACUCAGGUCUUUCCAGUUCCGCAUGAUCGAGCUGCAGGAGCUCUUCACAGACCCUGAUCGCACCACUUUCACAGUGGUCGCGAUCCCCACAGGCUUGGCGCUGGAAGAGUCGAAGAGGCUGCUGGACGAUCUCGUGGAGCAGGACAUCAAGGCUGGGAUGGUCGUCGUGAACCGCGUCUUGGACCCCGAGCAGGUGCAGCUGGCGAGCGCUCGUCUGCAGGAUUCGCAGCAGGCGUCACUGGACUCCUUCGAGGCCUUGUCGAAGAGGGAGGGCGUUGCCAUCACGCGAGUCCCCUACAUGGACCGGGAGGUGAGGGGCAUCUACGGUCUGGCCUACCUCGGCCAGAAGCUUGCGGAGGAGGUGGCAGCGUGAGUCCGUGGGCCAGCGCUGCGCGUCUGCUCUCUCUCUCUCUCUCCCACCCCCUCUCUCUCUCUCUGCGGGCUGCCUCCUUGGCCGCCUUGUCUCUGUCUCCCGCGAGGGGCGGUUGCGAUCUACAGCCAGCGCGUGCGCCUGGGACUCGAGAAGUGUCGCUUUGCGCCCUCUCCCCCUGCCGCGCGUGGCGCUCGCGACAUGGUCCGCCAUACCUUUGGUGGCAGAGGUACGUGCGUGGCAUUCCGUGGACACGCGCGCAGGACGACUUCCCCUGUUGGUGCGGGCACGGCAGCACACGCCAAGUAAUGUAGGGGCGGCGGAGGCGCUCAAAGGUGGCUGUGAGCACGGCCGAGACAGGCGAGGAUAAUCAGGGGACGGGCAGCCAGCAGUAGUGAAACCAGUGCCCUCAGGUUGGCCUGUGCCCCCCCCAAUCUCCUGCAGAGUCCUGAUGUAUAUUGUCGGCUGUCCCAUGCGCUGUUGGUCUGACUCCAGGCGGUCGGCAUGUUUCAUUUCCCGUUUGGUUGUUUGGGUGGGCAUAUAUUUGCUUCUUCUGGGCCACCAGCGUUUGAGUCAUUUGAGAGUACGUGAGGAAAGUAGGUCGACCGCGCGCGGACUGGACAACCCAGGUGCGCGAGUGUGGCAGCACACGGCUUGGCAAAUGUAAUCCCACUUUCGACGAAUGAAGCCUCGUGGCAGGAUGUCGUGCGCACGGCGCAAUUGCAGCUGCAGUGCAGCAUGACUUGCAUACUGCUGAUGUUCAUUCUUCCACAUGUUCCCACGUGCGUGUCCUGUGCACCUUCUCGCUUGCCUGGGCCACCAGCAUGGGCGCGAAGGCAAUCGCGCUGCGUGCUUUGGGCUUCUUGGCCGCAGAGCUGCCCUUCUCUGGCGCGGCCGUGCCCGAGCGCGCAGGCGGCCUUGCUUGGCGGGGCGCGAGGCGCGAAGCUUGUGGACCUGGCUUCUCCCUGCACCUCCACUUGGCCCC